AGACUGCAUUUAUGGUUAAUGCUGUAUAUGUUGGUUCAAUCGAAAUUAACUUUACAUUUCCCUCUAAAGUGUGGAUUUUCAGCGCUACGGAUUGAAUCGAACCCUACACAUAUUUAUUUACAGUGCAUUCGGAAUGUAUUCAGACCCCUUGAUUUGUUCCAUAUUUUGUUACGUUACAGCCUUCUAAAAUGUACUAAAUAAUUUCAUCCCCUCGUCAAUCUACACACAAUACACCAUAAUGACAAAGCAAAAACAUGUUUUUAGACAUUUUUGCAAAUGUAUUACAAAUAAAAAACAAGUAUUCAGACCCUUUGUUAUGAGACUCAAAAUUAAGCUCAGCUGAAUCCUGUUUCCAUUGAUUAUUCUUAAGAUGUUUCUUAAACUUGAUUGGAGUCCACCUGUAGUAAAUGUAAUUAAUUGGACAUGAUUUGGAAAGGCACAAACCUCUAUAUAAGGUCCCACAGUUGACAGUGCAUUUCAGAGCAAAAACCAAAAACCAAGGUUAAAGGAGUUGUCUGUAGAGCUGAGACAGGAUUGUGUUGAGGUACAGAUCUGGGGAAUGGUACUAAAUAAUUACUGCAACAUUGAAGGUCCCCAAGAACACAGUGGCCUCCAUCAUUCUUAAAUUGAAUGAAUUUUGAACCAUCAAGACUCUCCCUAGAGCUGGCCGCCAGGCCAAACUGAGCAAUCAGGGGAGAAGGGCCUUGGUCAGGGAGGUGACCCGAUGGUCACUCUCACAGGGCUCCAGAGUUCAUCUGUGGCACUCCACCAAUCAGGUUUUUAAAGUAGAGUGGCAAGACAGAAGCCACUCCUCAGUAAAAGGAACAUGAUAGCCCGCUUGGAGUUUGCUAAAAGGCACCAAAAGACUCUCAGACGAUGAGAAACAAGAUUCUCUGGUCUGAUGAAACAAAGAUAGAACUAUUUCGCCUGAAUGCUAAGCAUCACAUAUGGAAGAAACCUGGCACCAUCCCUACGGUGAAGCAUGGUGGUGGCAGCACCAUGCUAUGGGGAUGUUUUUCAAUGACAGGGACUGGGAGACUGAUCAGGGAAAGAUGAACAGAACAAAGUACAAAGAGAUCCUUGACGAAAACCUACUCCAGGUCAGAACGAUAGAUUUUUUCUUUGUCAGCUUGGGGAUUUGAUCUAGCAACCUUUUGGUUACUGGCCCAACGCUCUAACCACUUAUCUACCUGCCGCCCCAGGUAUAUAAAUAAUAUAUAUAUAUUUUCUAAAUCCAUUUUAGAAUAAGGCUGUAACAAAAUAUGGAAAAAAGCCAAGGGGUCAGAAUAGUUGCAGAAUGAACUGUAUUUCCAUGGUAUGUUGUACAUUUAGAAAGUGUUGUGUGUUACCUUUAUAACAUUUACUUAUGUGAUACUGCCCGAGAAGCCGGUGUUUGGAGGAUAUACAGUACCAGUCAAAAGUUUGGACACGUUGACAAGUUGAUAAAUGGCUGGGCUAAUAAGACAAUGCGUUGCGCAGUCAGAUGGAACAGAGUAAAUAGGCAUUUUAACAUCAUAAAUUUAGCCAAUGGUAACUUCUGGAAUAGACACCGGCUGGAAUGUGGUUUUAACCAAUCAGCCUUCAGGAUUAGACUUCCCAUUCUAUAAUAGUAGAUAUGCCUUUGAUUAUCAGAAUGUCUAGUGAAUGACUUUUUCCACUCCUUUUUUGGGGGAAAUGGACUAGCAAAUGUAGCAAGUGCUAUUUUGUAACAUCCCAUCCCCCUUUUGUGUAGUUUAAAUACAAGGAACAACAUCAAGAGGAUAUUGGGUAUGGGGCUACAUAUUCAUCAAACCACUUCUCCUUUGCAAUGUUCCAUUAUUUUGUUUAUAGUUCGGAAGAUCUUGACAUGUUCCAUUAUUUUGUUUAUAGUCCAGAAGAUCUUGACAUGUUCCAUUAUUUUGUUUAUAGUCCAGAUGUUCUUGACAUGUUCCAUUAUUUUGUUUAUAGUCCGGAUGAUCUUGACAUGUUCCAUUAUUUUGUUUAUUGUCCGGAUGAUCUUGUCAUAAAACUCAAUUACCCUGCAUUAUGUGCUGGACAGGUCUAAAUACAACUUAAUUACCCUGCAUUAUGUGCUGGACGGGUCUAAAUACAACUUAAUUACCCUGCAUUAUGUGCUGGACGGGUCUAAAUACAACUUAUUUACCCUGCAUUAUGUGCUGGACGGGUCUAAAUAAAACUCAAUUGCCCUGCAUUAUGUGCUGGACGGGUCUAAAUACACGUUCAUUACCCUGCAUUAUUUGCUGGAUGGGUCUAAAUACACCUUCAUUACCCUGCAUUAUGUGCUGGAUGGGUCUAAAUACAACUCAAUAACCCUGCAUUAUGUGCUGGACGGGUCUAAAUAAAACUCAAUUACCCUGCAUUAUGUGCUGGACGGGUGUAAAUACAACUUCAUUACCCUGCAUUAUGUGCUGGACUGGUCUAAAUAAAGCUCAAUUACCCUGCAUUAUGUGCUGGACGGGUCUAAAUACAACUCAAUUACCCUGCAUUGUGUGCUGGACGGGUUUAAAUACAACUUCAUUACCCUGCAUUAUGUGCUGGACGGGUCUAAAUAAAACUUAAUUACCCUGCAUUAUGUGCUGGACGGGUCUAAAUACAACUUAAUUACCCUGCAUUAUGUGCUGGACGGGUCUAAAUAUAACUUAAUUACCCUGCAUUAUGUGCUGGACGGGUCUAAAUAAAACUCAAUUACCCUGCAUUAUGUGCUGGACGGGUCUAAAUAAAACUCAAUUACCCUGCAUUAUGUGCUGGAUGGGUCUAAAUAAAACUCAAUUACCCUGCAUUAUGUGCCGGCCGGGUCUAAAUAAAACUCAAUUGCCCUGCAUUAUGUGCUGGACGGGUCUAAAUACAACUUCAUUUUGUCCAAUUCAGGGGAUUCACUUCUGAGAAAUUCCGGCAAUCACCAAACAGAAGAGAGAACAGGGGGAUGAAAGGAAAGAUAGAAAGAAGGGAGGAGGUCCAAGCACACCAGGUUCCAACACAUGGAUGAUGACGCAAGUGGUCACCCUACAAAAGCCCCUUUGGGGUGGGUAGUGAGGACACAGUCGGAGUGGUCUAAAUAUCUUUCCUCUUCAGUCGGCUCCACAGGGAAACAGAUACAUUAAGCCAAGCGGUGGGUUCUAGGUUAACACCACCAACCAUGCGGCAGUUCACCGUGGUUCUGAUGUUAAUCGCUUCACUAACAGAGACUUUCCCCACUAGCAGUCUCAGAUACUCCCACUAUACCCAAGGGGAGAGUCCAGACAAUGCAAUGCUAAAAGUCUUGAGAGAUUUAUCCACUGCAUCAACAGAGGGCCCACCCCUGACAAACCCUGCACUUCUACCCAAUGACGUAGACAAUCCACUGCUAGAGGCGGAACUACCCAGAAGGGUGUGUUGGUGGUGGUACCCAGCAAAGCCCCACCCACAAAACAGGAUUCGUCAGAAUCGAGCAUGGAGGUCCUCAUACAACCAUAACUCCUUCGGCCUACGUUACGGGAAAUGAUAGUUAUUAGGAUGGGCUCUACGUCUCUCAGUUAUGUAUUUGAUUAUAUUUUGAACAGUGCCUGACAAUAUGAUGAUGGUAGAUAUAUUUAUGUGUAAAAAUCAGACAAAAUUCCAAGGCCUACACUUGAAAUAUUGCUAUAUCAUCUAUGACGAUUCAUGACAGCUAUUGAUGAAAUUACUUUAUAAUGAAUUUAUAAUUUCUUGUUUACAACAGCCACUGUCAUGUGUUACCCAUAUGUGUGUGUGAACCCUAUGUUUUGCAACAUGUUUCCGUUCUGAUAUCUGUGAUAGUUUUAUG